AUAGAAACCAGCUGACUCGUACAUUUUCCAGAGUCAGGUUUUAAUUUCGCUGUUCACAUCGCUCGCAGAAAAAAUACAGAAAAACCAAUCAAAAUGGCUCUGCACUCGGCAAUUAAGGGAAAACUGAUCAGCGUUAUCGGCGACGAGGACACCUGCGUGGGAUUCCUGCUUGGCGGAGUCGGCGAGAUCAACAAGAAUCGCCACCCCAACUUCAUGGUGGUCGACAAAAAUACGGCCGUCAGCGAGCUGGAGGACUGUUUCAAGCGUUUCCUCAAGCGCGACGAUAUCGACAUCAUUCUGAUCAACCAGAACUGCGCGGAGCUUAUUCGUCAUGUGAUCGAUGCCCAUACGUCGCCCGUGCCCGCGGUUCUGGAGAUUCCCUCAAAGGACCAUCCGUACGACGCCAGCAAGGACUCCAUUCUGCGUCGCGCUCGCGGCAUGUUCAAUCCGGAGGAUCUGGUGCGCUAAUUCCUCGUAUUCUUCUCGAGGACACUGUUUCGUAUUGCUGCAACCGCCAGAGUAUUGAUUUACACCCUGUAAACAACUGUCCAUUGAUUCAGUGCUUCGCCUUUGUUCUUAUCGUGUAUUUAAAGACAUUUAUUAAAUGGUUUUCGUUGUAUAAAUAGAUUAAAAUCGAAUUGUUUCAAAUCAAA